AGUGACGGAGCAGGAGAGCCGAUGGCGGCCCGCAGCUGUGCCCGGGUUCGGCUGUUCUGAGGCGGCUUAGCGGCGGCGGACCUGCGUUCCUGCUGCACCCGAACUCCCGGAGCUUCGUGUGAGGAGAGUUCUGGGCCCGGGUUCCGCCCGGUUCUGGAGGUUUUCGGGUCGGACCGGGAGUUUAAACACGGGUUUAAACCCGGCUAACAGCUCUGUAGCAGGCUAGGCUAAUUAGCCAGCUAGCCUCUAGCUUUAGCCGGCUGUCUCGCGCCUGCGCGUGUGUUAGUUUUGGCGUUAGCUUAGCAUAGUCUCCACUUUCCGAAACCCCGCGAAAACCGCCACAAUUCCGACCCGCUGUUUCAGCCGGAUUACCGCCCGUGUGGAGCCGCCCGUGUGGAACCGCCUGAGCAGCGACUCUUUACCCGACACUGAUUCAGCGGGACCCCGGCUGUCCCGCCGCGCUUCCCCCGGCGUGUGGAGCCUCUCCCCGGCUGCCAGCAUGCUGAAGACCCGGCAGUGCCUCCUGGGGAUCCGCACCUUCCUCGGGCUGGCGAGCAGGAUCUGGGGCUUCAUCCUCUACAUCCUCAGGAAACACCUCAGAACGAUAAUCCAGUAUCAGACAGUGCGUUACGACACGUUACCUCUGUCUCCUGCAUCUCGAAACAGACUCAAUGGAGUAAAGAGGAAGAUCCUGGUGUUGGAUCUGGACGAAACUUUGAUACACUCUCAUCAUGACGGAGUGCUGAGGCCUACAGUCCGGCCUGGAACACCACCAGAUUUCAUAUUAAAGGUUGUAAUAGAUAAACAUCCGGUGAGGUUUUUUGUCCAUAAAAGGCCGCAUGUCGACUUCUUCUUAGAAGUAGUGAGUCAGUGGUACGAACUGGUUGUGUUUACGGCCAGUAUGGAAAUCUACGGCUCAGCAGUGGCUGAUAAACUGGAUAACAACAGGGGCAUCCUGAAACGCAGAUACUACAGACAGCACUGUACGCUGGAUCUGGGCAGUUACAUAAAGGACCUUUCAGUAGUGCACAGUGACCUCUCCAGUAUAGUCAUCCUGGACAACUCGCCUGGAGCUUACCGCAGUCAUCCAGAUAAUGCGAUACCUAUAAAAUCGUGGUUCAGUGACCCCAGCGAUACAGCCCUGCUAAAUCUGCUUCCCAUGCUGGACGCUCUGAGGUUUACCUCGGACGUCCGCUCCGUCCUCAGUAGAAAUCUCCAUCAGCACCGGCUCUGGUGAUUGGUCCUGCUGGUCCGGCCCAGUCCUGGACCCGCCCCCUUUGGUUUUUAGCCUCCGCUGAACACGCUAGCUGUUAGACUCUCCACACUGCUGGAACUGUCCACUUUGGCGGUCAGCUGACCUGUGGGUCACGUGACCUCUCUGAGGACCUUCAUCAGCCGGAACGAACGAACGAAUGGAGGGAGAGGAAACAAACAUGCGCACAGACUGAGAUCAAAGCAGAACUGUGUUUUAUUCUCCCUCUAUCUUCUUUGAUUUUAUUUAGUUUUGUUUCUUAUUUUGUCCAAAUGGAAACUGCCUUACAGUGUGUGUUGCGCUGGGCAUGCAUGACUGGAGUGUGUGUCUGUGAAACGCGAGAGGAUGUUCACUUUCAGCGUCAUAUUUUAUUUUGUUCCCCUUCAGCCCCCCAUUAAAAAGAGAGAGAAUCGGCCAUCGUUAACUUCGCUUCGGAUUAGCACUUAUCCCUCUUUUAUUACUGUCAUUUUUAAUUAUUUUAUCUCUCUUAGCUGCGUUUAUUUUGUUUAUAUGGUUGUUUAUCGUUGAGUUACUCAUUUAUAAUCAGUUUUAAAGCUAUGGUUUGCCCUCCCUCAACCGCAAUGCUGUCCAUUAGCCAAGACUGAAGUUUACACUCACAAUUCUAACAGAUUAUUAACACAGUUUGAAGGCCUGGAUGAUUUUCCACCUUAAAUUGUGGCGUAGCUACAUUAGCCUCGUAGCUUCAGUGCUAAUUAUUGGUCUAUAGGCUUCCAUUAAUUGCAGGUCCUAGGCUAAUGUACCUAACAAUGAUAAUUAGCCUCACUUUCUAGUGUUCAAAUGUUGGGAAAAAGCUUCCAUUGUUUGUUAGAUACAUUCUCCUCGUAGCACUAGCGCUAAUUGGUGGGUUAUAGGGUUCCAUUAGUUGGAGCUACGGGGCUAAGGUAGCUAUCAUUGCUAACUGGAAGAGUAUGAGCAUACAUUUCCUGUUAUAAAGCUAAUGUAGAGUAAUGGGAGCCUAUACCCCAUCAACUAGCACAGGAGCAUUGAGGCUAAUGUAGCUAACAAUGCUAGUUAUCUACAAUGCUAGUUAGUUAACUAUAUUAGCCUCAUAGCUUCAGUAUGAAACUAAAGAACUUGGAUCUUGGCUGAUGGACCAGGUUGAGGGCAUAUGUAACGUUUGGGUGAACUGUAAUUUUAAUUGAUUCACUUUGAUGUGUCUCUAAAAUGAGAAGAAAAACACCUGCCUACAGUAACAGUAUUGAGUCAGUUAAGACCCAUUCCCAUUUCCUGACCUUCUCCCUCUCCCGACUACCUCCCUUUUUCCUUUCUUCCCUUCCUGACCUUCUCCCUUUUUCCAUUCUUCCCUUCUCGAUCUUCUCCCGUUCCCUUUUUUCCCUCUCCCGACCUUCUCCCUUUCCCAAUCUUCCCCUUCCGACCUUCUCCCUUUCCCGUUAUUCCUUUCCCGACCUCCUCCCGUUCCUGUUUUUCCUUCUCCUGACCUUCUCCCUUUCUCGAUCUUCCCCUUCCGACCUUCUCUCUUUCCCGAUCUUCCCCUUCUGACCUUCUCCCUUUUCCUGUUCUUCCCUUCCCGACCUUCUCCUUUUUCCUGUUCUUCCCUUCCCAACCUCCUCCCGUUCCUGUUUUUCCCUCUCCCGACCUUCUCCCUUUCCCGAUCUUCCCUUUCCGACCUUCUCCCUUUCCCAAUCUUCCCCUUCUGACCUUCUCCCUUUUCCUGUUCUUCCCUCUCCCGACCUUCUUCCUUUCCCGUUCUUCCCCUUCCGACCUCCUCCCUUUCCCGUUCUUCCCCUUCCGACCUCCUCCCUUUCCCGUUCUUCCCUUCCCCACCUUCUCCCUUUCCCGAUUUUUCCUUUCCGACCUUCUCCCAUUCCUGUCUCUCCUCUUCCCACCAUCUCCAAUUUUCCCAUUUCCAAAUUUUUCCUCAUUUCUGUUUUUCCUCUCCCAACUUUUCCGGCCCCUCCCCUCUCCUGUAUAACUGCGGAGGUCUUUCAUGGUCCUGAAUUCUCCACCAGAGUAAAACGCACCACUUUAACUCCUGCACAGGGCUUGGGGGUGGAGGCCUGGAUGGGGCAGGGCUUAGCAUCAACUCAAGUUUAGUUUGUGCAUCGUUUACUGGCUCCUUUUCGGGGAGUUCUAUAAAACUGAAUGAAUCCGAGAUUAUAUUGAUAAUGAUUUAUUUUAAUGGAUUGUCGUCAUGAAGACGGAUCAGCAUGGACUCUACAUGGAGGCGCUGAUUGAUCUUUCACAACUGGAAGAGUUUGUGGUUCUGCAGAGCCGAUCUCAGUCCCUCCAAACCUGAACACGCACUUAUUUGACUUUCUUUUCUUUUUUGCUACCAAGGACUUUUCUGAUUUGUCAGAAAAGUAAAUCUCCUGCUCAGUGUUUCAUUUGUCUCUCUCUCUCUCUCUCUCUCUCUCUCUCUCUCUCUCUCUCUCUCUCUCUCUCUCUCUCUCUCUCUCUCUCUCUCUCUCUCUCUCUCUCAUAUCGUACUUGACAGCUCUGCCUCUUUGGACAAUACAAAGCGAAGUGUCUGAGCGCACUGGUCCUCAGGUCUGUGCGUAUUUCCAAUAAAAACUUGUCACCGUG